AUGGGCACCGUGUUCCUCGUCGCCGACGGCCCCCCGGCGGCCUCGCGUCCCGACCGCUACGCCCUCAAGGCCUUCGACAAGCGCUCCGCCAAGCCCGACGCCGACCGCCGCGCGCGGUGGGAGAUCAACGUGCUCUCCCGCCUCGCGCACCCGCACCUCCCGUCCCUCCUCGGCUUCACCGAGACGGACGACCUCCUCGCCUGGGCCGUCCCCUACUGCUCCGGCGGCGACCUCAACGAGCUCCGGUACUCGCUCCCCGACCGCAUCUUCUCCCCCGCCGCCAUACGCUUCUACAUUGCCGAGAUCGUCUCCGCGAUCGCCGAGCUCCACGCCGCCGGCGUCGUGUACCGCGACCUCAAGCCGGAGAACGUGCUCCUCCGCGCCGACGGCCACGUCAUCCUCACCGACUUUGACCUCUCCCGCCUCCUGCACCACAGGCCCACGUCCGCGUCCUCGUCGCCCUCGCCGCCUCCGCCGCCGUCGCACCGCGGCCACAACCGCCGGGCGCGCGUCGCCGCCCGCAGCGACUCCCUUGUCGGCCAGGCCAAGUCCAGGCCCCCUCAGCCGUGGUCCGCGCCGUCGCCGUCGCCGCGCCAGCAGCUCCAGAACCUGGUCCGGUACCUGAUGGGGAGCGACGGAGCCCUGGCCAAGAAGACCAAGUCGGCGCGGGCGCUGGGAGCGCGGCGGCCAAGGAGGGGGCGGCGCGGUUCAUGA